CUUGAAUCUGUGGCUUAUACUCAACGGUCAGACAUUACGUGGCAUCUUUACCCGUCGCGAACAAGUCGCUGCACUGACACUGGUAAACCGAGCCAAUGACAUUCAUUACAGGCCGUGGCUCACGGAAAUAAACAUGUACAAGCUACGUCAAGCUUUCUGAUUUCGAAUUAGCGCUGCGCUGCUGACAUGGCGCGGUUUCCGAUAUUCCUGCACUCACGAGUGGCUUAGGUUCGAGAGCAUCGCAUUCAACAAGAUCAGUCGCCUACGGAGUGUGUUUCCAGGAACGGUAGUAUACAGCGAGCCAGGCAUCGAUCUUGGGAGGCUACCUAUCCCUAGAUCAGACUGACGAAACGAUGGUGCAUAGCGGGAGGCUUUCAGAGGCUUGCUUCCCUUGUCGUGGUCGGCGGAUCAAGUGCGACAAAACGAGACCCGGAUGUUCUCAAUGUAAACGUAUGAACAUCACUUGCUCCGGAUAUCGGGAGCUAUGGGACCAGAAGUUUCGGGACAUGAACGAGAGUGUGGCAAAGGCUGCACAGAAAAGCUACAAGAAUUCAGUAUCCCGAACCGCCCGACCGAGGAAGGCGCUACCCAAGCCCGACGAAAUCGAUCACUUGUCCAGCUUGACCCCGCUUGGCUCGACGACAACGUCUGGCUCCAGCUACGACACCGACCAGUCCAUGAUAUGGCCGACUAUAACACAUUCCGUGAAAGAUAUCGCCAUCGUGCAUUUCAUGACCUCUUAUAUUCCAGGAAGCCACUUUGAUUAUCUGCCAACCAUACACUGUCAGGUUGAUAGUAGUUCUACUUUGCUUGCGACUGUUCAAGCGGCAGCAACAGCCGCCCUAGGUCAAGAGAUGAGGCAGCCGCAUCUGAUGCAACAAGCUCGCCGCUUAUACGUAAGAGCUUUGCUCGAGACAAAUACGGCACUAGCGAACCCUUCAACUGCGACUGAGGACGCGACACUGAUCUCAGUGCUGUUACUGGGUUUGUUUGAAACCAUCGCAUGGAUUGGGCCACGCACACCAGACAGCUGGAUAAUACACACGCGCGGUGCUCUCGUUCUACUAAAGCUACGCGGUUCGCAACAGUUCAAGACCAGGAUUGGCAGACAACUAUUUGUCCAAGUGACCAGGAUUGCGUGUGUAAAUAGCUUGCAGCAGAAAUCUCGACUGCCGGCAGAACUGAAGGAUCUCAUGAAAGAAGCUGCGCUACAUGAGUCCGAAUACUCAAAAUAUCAGUUUGCUCAUCUGACGGGCGAGGUAGCGGAUCUUGUAGCUGAUAUCAACGAGAAAAAGUGUAACGCUGGGGUGAUUGUUGAAGCCGCAAAGGUUCUAGACAGCAAGUACAUCUUGCUCGGUAAAAGACUUCCACCCUAUCAAGAGAUCGAAACAGCAACCUCACAGUCCGGAGUAUGUAGUAAAACUUUCCAUCGAUAUUCAGAUCACCGAGCAGCACAACUAUGGAAUUCGUAUCGAAUGACCCGCAUACUCCUCAACGAAAUCGUUUACGCAUUCCCUUCUUCUACAAAUUCGAAGAAUUCUGCCAUACAAACAGAAGCUAUCCAGCAUGUUCAACAAAUGGCCGCCGACAUCUGCGCAAGCCUAUCACAAUUCACCAUUGCGAAUGGAUCUGUCACGCUUGGUGCACCGACUCACUUGGCUUGGACUAUGGUGUUUCCAUCAACGAUAUCGAAAGCGUCUGCUGCGUCCUUACUGUGGCCGCUGUCGGUAGUCAGAGGAGCGAGCAAAGUGAGCGAGGAGGUCAAACAGUUUGCUGAAGAGCAAUUGAAGAUUCUUGCAAGCGGGUGCCGAAUGCCUCAGGCCGAGAGGAUCGGAGCGCUUAAGUACGAUGACGAUUCGCUCGAAAACGGGUGAGUAAAUUACACAAUCUCGGUGUGCGUUGACUGAUAAGUGGUUAGGUUGCAUAUGAUGUUUGUUUCUUGAUCGCGAAGGUGUAGGAGGG